CGUGACAGCCAAGGAAACCGGAGUAGGAAACACACACUGACCUAACGGCCGGUCGGUGCUGCGCGUGCUGCCGUGUGCUGUCGUGUCUCUGGAGGCUCAUUUGGGGAGCUCACCUGGCUGUCGCUGAUGGAGACCAGACAACAAGAGUUGUACUCUGAUGUUCUGAGUGAUGCAGUGGUGGACUGGGGCAGCAUGGGUCCUGGAGAGGAAUGGGUUAACUCAGCCACACACGAGGGAGAGCAGGAGAGAGGACACCUCACAGCAGGGUUCCUGGACUCUGAGCCACUGAGGGAGGCUGACGAAGAUAUGGCAUCAGAAGUCAACUUAAACAACUCCAGCUUGACGGAAGAGGAGAGAGAGGAGAUUCAGCAAGAGCUAAUUAAACUGGAGGAGGAGAUCAGCACGUUGAAGCAGGUUCUGUCGUCCAAAGAGAAGCAGUACGCCGAGCUCAAACAGAAACUGGGAAUGACCUCUCUGAGCGAGCUCAGAAACAACUUCAGCAAAGGCUGGCACGACAUGCAGACGUCCACAGCUUAUAAGAAGACAUCAGAGACGCUGUCCACAGCAGGACAGAAGACCUCAGCCGCCUUCAGCACACUGGGCAGCGCCAUCACCAGGAAGCUCGGGGAUAUGAGAAACUCUCCGAGCUUCAAAUCUUUUGAAGAGAAAGUCGAGACUACAGUGUCCACAAUUAAGACGAAGGUUGGUGGCACAGGACCAGGAGGCAGCUUUGAGGACGUCCUCUGCUCCGCAGCACAUGCCAGCUCUCAGGACACGCCCACCAACAACCUGACAGAUGACCACGACAGGCCGUGAUCGAGCUGCAUCCACUCUGUGAGGCAGGAGUUAAACCAGGAACUGCUGUGUCACAUAUUUACUCUCUGACUGAAAUAUUACCGAAUACUUUUAUUUGAUCACGUGUUGCUUCUGCAAACAAUCUUAUGUUUGCGUUUCCUAACACUUGGAUGGAAUUUUCUGCGACCGUUAAUGCUUGGACUUGAUAGAAUAUUGACAUAAUCUCUCUUUUGGACCAAAUUUGCCCCUAAAUAUUAUGAAGCAGCAGUUUACUACCUUUAUUUUGAAAGAUAGGGACAACUAAUAUUAAAAGUAGACAUACCUUUGAGUGUGUGUCAUAGAACAGCAAGCCUCUCAGAUUACACAUGAAAGUGGGUUUAAAGGAAGUAUCUGUUGACUACUUCAUGACUUUUAACAAGACAUCAGAGCUUGUAAAUCUUGUUUUAAAACUAGUUUAGACCAAUGAUUCAGGACGAGAUGAAACUGUUUAAGUACUUUGCAGAGAAAAGUAGCAGCGAUCUGAACUGGGCUUUACAGCUGGCUGGAUUUAACCAAUGAGACGACAAAUGUCAUCUGCCCUCCAGUGGCCUCCAAACCAUGUUAAACCACAGACUGUGAUCAGAUGAAUUUAAUGGGGAAACACAGCAAAGCCUUGGUUAUAAAAAAGGAGGAUGAGCAGAUUACAGGUCAGCUCCGGGAGGCAAACAGAAUCAAACAAUUUCUCCUGUCACUUGAGGUGAGCGUCUCAUGGUUUGGCUCGUGAGUCACAAGUCACAGCUGGAACUCCUCAGACAUAAAACAACAGAUUAUUGGCUCCUUCUUUUGCCACGUAAAUCCGACAUUAAAUGGAAACAGCCAUGUUGGUACAGGAUCAAAACUGUACUGUAACUUUCAAACCAAAAACUACACUGAAUUUUAUCACUAGAAAUAAGUGUUUGAUAAAAACACACUUUGUGUUACGUUUUCAAUCACCUUGUACUUUGUACUAAAACAUAAACAAUGUACAUAUAACCCGUGUUGAUGUGAUCGACCCAGAUGUCCUGGGUGAAAACAUUUGCAAACUUGUGUAAAUGAUUUUUCACUUAAAGAGAAGAUCUUAAGAUUUUGUUACAGCACCUAAAAAUAUCCUGUAGACUGACUUUGCAGAUGCAGCCAGUCAUGCUACCCUCUGAAAGUCACUGCUGACUGUUGCACACAUUUUCUGCUGCUGACAGUCUGAGCCCAUCUGAAUGCUGGAUCAUAUUUAAGACAUGUUUAUUUAGUCUGUGCAUUCACACUGUGGAAUAACUAUAGGAAGAAAUCAGACAGUGUGUUUGCCAUGUGCAGGGAAAUACUGAGGAGAUAGGAGAGGUUUUCCUUGUAGGCUUUCUCAAAGAAUGAUCUUCUGACAGUAAUGUAUUCAUUUUAACCAAGAGAUCCCUCUCUGGUAGAAAGCCUUUUAAGAAAAUGUAUCCCAACUGCAAAUAUAAUAAAUCAAUCUGGACCAUUCAAGCUGGGGUAGGCAAUUAUAUUUUGGCUUAAUUGGACAAACAUCCCACAAUUGACUAGCAUAGCAUAUUGUAAUUUGAGUGGUCUGAGAGAGAACUAGACUUCUGCACCUCCUCUUGUCUCUGUUUUCAGGCUUUGAACGUGAUUCGUACCUCUGCGUCUAAUAGACACCGUAGCCUACGCCGUAGCCUGAUGUGCACCUCCCCAUAAAUGUAACUACACGUUGCAGCGAUGCAGACCUCUUGGUUAUUUUUGUGGGCUGAAAAAUUUCUCUAAUUUCUGUUAUUCACUUUAAUUUCACAGAUAAGAAACAAUAAAUUGUGAAGACAAUAAAGCCUCCACAAAAAUGGCAUUUUAAGUCUUGUGUGUGAUUUAUCCUGGCUUCAUUUGAGCAGAGGAAAUCUCCGCUCAUUGCUAGGCUAAUUUAUACAAUGUAAAAUAUGCUAAUAAUGUUAGCAUGUUGUAUUUGACAGUUGUUUUGUCGGUGAACCUUGUGAGUUGUAAUGAAGACGAAUUUUAUAACGUUACCUUUGUUAAAUGUUGCUGUUGUCCCUGGCUUCAUAUGAGCAGAGGAAAAGUCCACUAGCUGCUAAGCUAAUUCAUACAAUGUAAACAUUAGCAUGUUGUAUUUGUAGGGAAAAUGUGUCCAGAUAAAGACAAGUGUUUGUCUGUGAAUGCUGCGAGUUAUAGUGAAGCUGACUUGUGUACUUGUGUUUGAAAUUGUCUCUAUUAAGCCAUGUUUAGCUGAUUCAAAACAAACAUUAAACUUUACGGCACUUCACAGAAACCUCUACCGCCGACUAGUGUUUUGGAGGUGUAACUGCAGAGUGACACAGACACACCACUGCAUAGAUGCUCUCAACGGCGUAGACCAGGCUACGGUGUAGGCUCUGCUGCACAAGUAUAAAUCCGCCUUUAGAAAAUGUAGCCCAUCAUUUCAGAGAGGGGGCAUUCCUAUGUACUGUUCUACCGGUGCAGAGGCACGUGCAUGUCCCUUCAGUGAAAGCCUGAUUCAUUCUCGGAGAAUCCUGCAGAGAAAGGUGCUAUUUUAGCGUUGGCAGCACCUGCCUCACUCCAAAGAAACCCAAAAAAAGGAAGACGGAUUUAUCAAAACCAGAGUGUAAAAAGGAGUCUGACAAUAAACUGAAUUUAACACGUGUCAAUAUCAGUGACGCAUUUCAGAGUUGAGAGAAAGUUAAGCCUUCUUCUAACCGGAGCUAAAGGCUCACGACUGCAGCCUCAAGUUCACGUUUGUGUAGUAAACUUUAGCUAAAGCCUCGAAUCACAAUGUGUCCUCCACCUCACCCUGCUACGACAAACCACCUCCCCAGAGGGAGAGGGGGCAGCAGCUCCAGAAACGGACCCUCAGUCAGUGGCCACAGCAACCCAAAUCCAGCCAGGGCAAACUCCAACUCCAGGGGACGGGACAGCAAACUUUCUGUUGCUGCCCUUACACAGAUUAGAUCUGGUGCUGCUGCUGGCCCCCAGCCUGCUGUAACAACUGCCGUUUGGGGGUUUGCACUGGCUCACGCACAGUCUUACAACUGUUGUCCACUCUCCUACCAUGGUAGCAGAAAGCCAAUUUUCGUCUCAUUUGUGCACUAAGCUGCAUGCAACUACAUUGCACUACAUUGAAACAAGAAUAAAUCAAUGUAUGGGAAACACUGGGUUAGUGCAUGCCUAUGUCCGUGGUUGUCUGGUGGGAGGGACUUAAAACAGAGUGGGGAGCUGCAGGACUAGGGUGUAUUUUCAAAUUCUGCUUCUCCUUUUUUUUUGCUUUAGACUUUUCCAGAUUUCUGCCGACCCCAGCUUUAAGUCUAAUGCUGGAAAUUAAAGAAACAUCUGUAAACACACUUCACUGCAAACAUCUUCACUCCAGCAGUUUAAACUCGGGACAUUUAUUUUGGAAAAUGUUUUUUUACCCUUGAUUUGAACUGCUGUACCUCAGAUGACUGAUGGAUUUACACUGACAUCACAUUUAACUCUAAAAUGGUCCAGAUAACAUAAAAACCCUUUUUUCUGGUGCCUGUUGCUAUGUAGCUGACACAUAGUAUAACAUAAACGUAACAUCACACUGCUGCAGAUCUGAUUCUUAACUCUAUCUGGUGCAGAACUUAACCGUUAAAUGCUGAGAGACAACAUCAGUUUUUACUGCUCAUGUUAUGAACAGGUUGGUGCCACAAAAGAUUAAAAAUCUCAUAAUUUACUGUUUCUGUAAAAACAUCUUCUUUCUUUUAAACUCUUACAGUUUGGCCUCUGUGGCCGCUGCUGCGUAACUUUACCAUCAAACUAACGAUCUAUUUUCAAUAUAUAAUCUGUUUUGUGUUUCUCAUAUUGUCUCUCAUGUGUUUUAAGAUUUUAUUUUCUUUGCUGUGGUUUGAACAGAUACCCCCAGAUCAUUUCAUUUAUUGUUUAACGCCGUCUGUCUGAAAUGUAUUUAAUAAACUUCAUGCCAACAUUCAAGUACUGAAAGAAUCAUAUGUAGCUGGAACAAGCUGACCUGUGACCAGAUAACUGAGGUAAUUCAUGUUCUGUCAUUGGAAAAUUACAGUUCAUAUCUUACAUCUGUACAGUGUGUUUGGAAGAAAUUUGAAUACAGCAUCAGUUAAAAAACCUUUUUACACCCAAAGACUGUAACAUUCAAAUAAAAUAACAUUGUGUUUAA